UUAUUAUUCUCUUACUUCUAUGGCUACGACAUCUCGCAUACAAAGGUAAGGGUUUGCAUAUCUAUACUGCCCUGGACCAAAUACUGGGUAUCACCACAAAAACUUCUCGUCUACAAAUAUGUGCUUCGUAAUCGGAAGUAACUCUAAGCCUCGCCGGUCUAGCCACACAGGUAAGGGAAACAAAAUUCAUCAUGCCCAACAACUCAUCUCCGGAAAAUAGUAGCACUACUCCUCCCACGAGGCACUCACUAUUCCCUCUUUACACCACUCCUACUCCCUUUGCACCUUUCUCCCAUGAACCACAGCUCUGUUCGUGCGACCAGUGUGUGGCUACUAGGCUAUACCAACGUGUGAAUCUAAGAUCUUCUCCUUUAGAAGUCCCUGGAAGCAAUGCGACCCCAAAUAUCCGACUAGAUCAUCAGGAGAUGAAGACCUCGAGAAGAAGUAGCAUAAGAAGAUCAGAUUUGGAUUUCCAACCGAGAUAUCACCAAUCGCCACCACUGGUCGUGCCGCCGCCCCACCACACCGAGAUGGCUUAUCCGGAGAUUUACAUCUAUCCCAAAAAAUCACACAUCACGUUUCCAGUGGUCAACUACAGCUCGGCAAGUCGGGUUCAGAAUCGCUCGUCCUGGCCGGUGUGCUACCUAGCUAUCUCGCCGAAGUUCGCGGAACCUGCCGAUUUUGAGGAGGCGCUAUCACCGCCUGGUUCUGGGCUUGCCGUCGUAGCGCGGCUGUCUAAGACGCAAAAGACAGCCCCUCUACGCAUGUUUCGAGAUGCCUCGGAGCUUCGUAAAGAAUCAAUUCAACUAGAAGUCUGGGACGAAAGUGCCAUCAAGGUGCCUGGGAAGAAGGAUUACGGAACAGACAUUGAAACCGACAUCCCUAAUAGUACCGAAGCUGAAUCGUCAAAGAAAAAGAGGGCAGGGAAUCCGGUACAGGCGAAGUAGGCCUAGAGCCAUCGAGCUGGUUUCGUUGAGAGAUAACAAUGAAUUGAUGUGUUGUUAAUAAGGAAGAUGCUACGGAUUGGUAGAUGACUACAUUGUGCCAGCUACUACGCAUUCACGUUGGCUUGUUCUGUAUCAUCUAGAUUUAUUCCAUAUCCAUUCGUCGUACCUUGCUUGGGCAUUUUUUCUAUGUUAGCCAUGCCACUAGAACAUC